GUGAAAGUAGAUGCUGUGGAUAAAGCCCUGCGCCAGGUCUUUCCCGAGAUGGAGCUGGUGGUGCGUGGGCAUGCGGCACCUUCUGGGGUGCCAGACCAGCCCCACGGAGAUGAGGAGACCCUGGCCGGUGCUCGAAACCGCGUGGCGGCCUUAAGCGAUAUCAUCAACGCAGGCGGCAGCGGUGACGGCAUUUUGGAGUGUGACUUGGUUGUGGCGAUAGAGGGCGGCGUGGGCCCGGCGGGGCUGGGGCAGGCGGGCAUCCUCGAGUGCUUCGCAUGGGUGUGUGCCAUGGACCCGCACACAGGCGCGGAGAGCACAGCCCGCUCCGCCUCGUUCGCGCUUCCGCAGCCGCUCACGGACCUGCUCCUAGGGCCAGAGGCCAUGGAGCUGGGGCACGCUGAUGACGCGGUGUUUGGGCGCAAGCGCAGCGGUCGCGGCUCGGGGACCAUUGGCCGGCUCAGCAACGGGGUGCUGGACAGGACGGAGUUCCACGUGCACGCCGUCAUCUGCGCACUGCUGCCCUGGCUGCAGCCCCAGCUGUACGGCGAGCCCUAUGGGCGGUUCUUGAACGACUGCGGGGAAGCGCGGCAGAAGCAAGGCCACGGGCACCUGCAGCAGGAGCAGCAGCGGCACGGCGGCGUGGAGCUGGUGGCGGCCGGGACAAGCGGGGCGUGCGGCUGCGGUGGUGCAGCUGCGUCUGCCUAGCGCCACUGCGCCAGCGCAUACCAGUGGGAACUGGUGUUGGGCUAGGCGCAUUAAGCGGCUGGUGGCAGGGAUGUCAGGGAUAUCUUCUUGUGAACUGACGUUUAGUGUUGCAGGUUUGCUUUCAUGCCGUUGGGUUGGCCUCGCUGUAUGCAACGUGUACCGUUCGCACCUCUGCGAGUGCGCAGUGGUGUUGAUGUAUGCAUACGUACGGAAGCACUUGUGUGUUGAGUGGCAGGAUGCACGCACGCGAAGAGUGGGUUGCGAAUUGGAUUGCAUGAAUUUCGUUUGCUCUUGGUGAAAAGUAUAUACAUUGGUUACGUAGGAGGGACACUGGAGGGACGUCAGUGGACUGGGGCUGUGCAAAACCAGGAUAGGGUAGAACCCGUCGCCGAGAUGUGCGUGUCCGCAGCGCCAAGAAGCGAUGGUUCAUAGGCGUAAGCUGACGAAAUGGUCAGACCCGCAGCUGUAUUUGCAUUGCGACGCAUGUAUCAUAUGAUACCUGGGUUGUGUGUUGCCUGUGGAGGGGUUACUUGUUUGUUCGCUUUACGAGAGCAUUUGGUGUAUUCAUGGAAUAUUGGAAUGUUAGUUGCGUUGAGAGCCUUGAUUCUUAUCAUAGCUGGACGGCUAAGAGGCUGCACCAGCAGUGACGCAGCGGUAUGGUAGCAGCCUCGCGCAGGCUUAUCUGGCGCCAUCUGAGGGCGUGGGUGCGCAGACGCAUGGAACCCACUGGGUGACCCGGGUAAAGUUACCUCG